AUGUUUUCCACAUUGUUAGUCCUACUCUCAGUGGCAACUUUAGGUUGCGCAUUGCACUUGCCGAUUGGACCUGAAUUUCUAUUAAAAAAUGGUCCAAUAAAACGCAUCUAUGGAGGAAAGAACACUCCGAUAGAGAAAAUACCUUGGCAAGUGUCGCUGCAAAACAAUGGAUCGCAUGUCUGUGGUGGCGUCAUCUACAGCAAAAACAUCAUUAUAACAGCCGCCCAUUGUGUUGACAAAAAAAAUCCAAGGAUUUUUGAUGUGCGCGUUGGAAGUAGUACAUCUAACAAUGGUGGAUCGGUAAUUAAAGUUGAGAAGAUAACCGUGCAUGACAGUUAUACAAGUAGGUCAACAGUGGAGUAUGACAUCGCCCUGCUUUUGUUAAGUUCGCCCCUCGAAAUGGGUCCAGCUGUCAAGGCCAUUCCACUGGCAGAAUCAGUUCCUAAUGACGGAGCUGUUGUGCUUGUCUCUGGCUGGGGGCGAACAGACACCGAAACGAUUGCAAAAUAUCUAAAAAGUGUCUAUGCGAACAUUGUAAACCGCGAGGAGUGCGCCAGGGCUUAUGGUGACAAACAAUUUACACAAGUAACAAUCUGUGCUGCUUCCCCUGGCAAAGAUUCUUGCUCUUGUGAUUCGGGUGGACCAUUGGUUUAUGAGGGUAAGCUUGUUGGCAUUGUUUCUUAUGGCUUUGGAUGCGCCGAUCCGAGGCAUCCCGGUGUCUACACAAAUAUUGUGGAACUUCGCAAAUGGAUUAAAGACGAAGCUAAAAAACUAAGCUCAAUAUGAGACAGUUGUGAAUUAAAUUGCAAAAAUUAAAAUACAAACGAGAAUUAAAUUGGCUGCAUAUUUGCACUUUAUGUAACCAUUGAGUACAAUAAGUAAAAAUCCUUAGUCUACUGUGAAA